AUGACGCCAUUACCGGAAAAGGGUAUACCUUUUAACGGGAACAGACAGCCCAUGAGAUACUACAAGCAGGCAGUUUUCAUUGGAGUGCUUGCCGCAGUAUUGCUCUGGGGUUCAACCUCGUUGAUCACAUCGAUUGCAUAUCUCAGGCAAACCACUCAAAUUAAGUCUUUAUUGCCUUUAAGUCACUCGCAAUUCCGUAGCGCUGACCCACUGGCACCAGUACAUGUGGCCGAGCCAAAGUACCCCCUCUCGCAGACCAUCGACAGUAAGAUCCGCCUUAACUACUCGCUCAUCAGGGAGAAUACCUUUGCUCCAUCUACCAAGCAAGUGCAGUGGAUCAAGGAGCCAACAUCUAUUCUUAACGACAAGGGAACAUAUGUACUCAAAGACGAUAACGAGUACUUGAUCAAGUCUAUCGUGGACGAAGACUAUCAAAUCUCGCUCUUCAAUGACACUUCCUUUGUGUAUGGAGGAAUUGAGUACGACAUCGAGUCGUUAGUUGCCUCACCGGACCUCUCCAAAGCUGUUUUGAGAACAAACGCUACUCAUAACUGGAGAUGGUCCACUUUCGCUCUCUACUGGGUGUUAGAUGUUAAGAAGAAGACCAUUGAACCAAUACUUAACGAUGAUACAGAGAGUAAAAUUGCCACUUUCAAGUGGUCCCCAACCUCCCAGCAGAUCGCCUACAUUAAGGACAACAACGUUUAUAUCAAGGAUCUCCCAACUGGUUCGGUAGACCAAGUAACAUACGAUGGAGGAGCUGAAUUAUUCUACGGGAAACCAGACUGGGUUUACGAAGAAGAGGUCUUCGGUGAUGAUAUUGUUCUUUGGUGGUCUCCUCAAGGAGACAAAGUUGCCUUUUUGAAGACUAACGAUACAUUGGUUCCGGAAUAUAGUAUCCCAUAUUUUGUACAGGAUGACAAGAAGUAUGAAGACUAUCCAGAAUUUAGGAACAUCAAGUACCCAAAGGCAGGCUAUCCUAACCCUAAGGUUGAAUUGCUUAUCUACCAAUCGAAGGAGGAAGGUAUUUCCACUAGCGACAUCACCACUGUAGGAACAAUUGGAGAUGACUUAUUAAUAACAGAGGUUGCUUGGGUUUCUGACGACUUCCUUUUAGUAAAGACCUCGAAUAGAAAGAGUGAUUUACUUGAAGUCCAUCUUGUGGAUGCAAUUACCUCCAAGAGUAAGUUAAUUAGAACCCACUACGCAGAGGAUUCCUGGUUUGAGAUUAGUUCAAACACUGUCUUCGUUCCCAAGAACGAAUCUCAAGGAUUUGCAGAUGACGGGUACAUCGAUACUAUUGUAGUUGAUGGAUUCAACCACUUAGGGUAUUUCAGUCCACCAGAUGCCACCAAGCCAAUAGUCUUGACCAAGGGCCAAUGGGAAGUUGUUGAUGGAGUGGCGUCAUACGAUUAUAUUAAGAAUGAAAUAUAUUUCACAGCUACAAAGAAGUCUGCCAUUGAAAGACAUAUCUAUUCUGUGAAUUUAUUGGAAGCCAUUGAAAAUUCAAAAGUUGUUCCCAAAUUGAAGAAUGUCACCGAUGACUCUCAAGUUGGAUGGUAUCUUGGAACAUUCUCAUCAGGAUCAAGGUACCUAUUAUUGAACUACAGAGGACCGGAGGCUCCUUAUCAGAAGCUUGUGGAUUUGCAUAAGAAUGGAGUUACAAUUAAAGUUUUAGAAGACAACAAGGAACUCAUCAGGACUUUAGAGGAUUAUGCUAUUCCCGAAAAUAACUAUCAAAUAGUCACUUUGGGCGUUGAUGAAUCAACUGGAGAAGAAAUCAAGGCACAUGCUAUUGAGACCUUACCAUUAAACUUCGAUGAAUCCAGGAAAUAUCCAGUUUUAUUUUUUGUUUAUGGUGGGCCAGGAUCGCAAACUGUCUCCACCAGAUUUCUGGUAAGUUUCAGUCAAGCUAUUGCUGCUCAGUUAGAUGCUAUUGUAGUCACUGUGGAUGGAAGAGGAACUGGUUACAAUAACUUGAAUUCUGAGAUUGGAUCUCAAUUCAAGUUCUGCGUCAGAGACCAAUUGGGAUAUUUUGAACCAAGAGAUCAAAUCACAGCCGCCAAAAUAUGGAGUUCGAAGCCUUACGUUGACUCUUCCAAGAUUGCUAUUUGGGGUUGGUCAUAUGGAGGAUUCUUAACUUUGAAAACAUUAGAAACAGAUUCCAUUGACCAUGUCUUUUCGUACGGUAUGUCUGUUGCUCCAGUUACUAAAUGGAAGCUUUACGAUUCAAUUUAUACCGAGAGAUACAUGAGCACCCCACAAGAGAACCCCUCUGGAUACGAAACUGCAUCCAUUCACGAUUUCUCAAACUUUAAGAAUGUGACUAGAUUUAUGGUGGCACAUGGAUCAGGAGAUGACAAUGUUCAUUUCCAAAAUAGUUUAAAGCUUAUUGAUCAAUUCAAUUUAAACACAAUUGAAAACUUUGAUUUCUACAUCUUCCCAGAUUCUGACCAUUCCAUCAGCUACCAUAACGGAAAUGUUGUUGUUUACGAUAGAUUGCUUUCCUGGUUAGGCAAGGCAUUUGGGGGAGACUACGAGUAA